UAUAUAUACGUGGUGUCGUAGCAAGGGGUGCUUGACCGCUGCGGCCAGCCCUGGUUUUCUGGAAAUCAUCAGUGGUCCGGGGCCAUUAAACGCGUUAUCAUCCGGGUCUCUGCAGGUGGGCCUCCAGAGUUUCUUCUCGUAUCUGAUGCAUUCGCUGUCGCGGCAACUGCUUCGCCGCUUUGUCGCCCGUACAACAUCCGAGAACUGUCACAUCGAGCAUUUAAGAGAGACAAUUCUUGCUAACAUUACUCCGCUACGUUUAUUCUACGACGUAAAUGUAAGUGAGUUUAAGGGGUGAUGCAGGGCAUGAUGCCAGUUAAAACGAAGUCUCGUGUUCCUGAAAAUAUGGGUAUCACAGGCGGACUGGUAGACGCCAGGGAUAAACAAGUAUUAAAGGAAGCAGUGGAGGCUGUUGUUAAUAGCUUCGCGAAGCAUACUCAGGGCUAUGGAAGAGUGAACGUGGUAGAAGCCUUGCAAGAGUUCUGGCAGAUGAAACAGAGCAGAGGUACAGAGCUGAGAAACGGAGCAUUAGUUAUUUAUGAAUCUGUACCUGGUACCAGUCCCCCUUAUGUAUGUUACGUUACUCUUCCCGGAGGAUCUUGUUUCGGUAGCUUUCAAAAUUGUCCCACUAAAGCAGAAGCCCGCAGAUCAGCAGCGAAAAUUGCAUUGAUGAACUCCGUUUUCAAUGAACACCCAGCGCGGAAGAUAACGGACGACUUCAUAGAGAAAGCUGUCGCGGAAGCAAGAGCCAGUUUCGCUAAACCUGCGACAUCGAACGGAGUCGGGAAUCAGACGCAAGGAAACGGCGACGAGAAAGAGGACCCGAACACAGGUAUAGGAGCGUUCCGUUUUAUGUUAGAGUGUAAUCGCGGGAGGACGAUGUUAGAAUUUCAAGAGUUAAUGACAGUCUUCCAACUGCUUCAUUGGAACGGAUCGUUGAAAGCAAUGCGCGAGAGGCAGUGCAGCAGACAAGAAGUAGUCGCUCAUUACAGUCAUCGAGCUUUAGACGACGAUAUGCGGAGUCAAAUGGCGUUGGACUGGGUGGCGAGGGAGCACGAAAGCGGCGGCGGUGUCGUCGCCAUGGAACUGGCGUUGGCCGAGAGGGAACUCGAAGCGGCUCGUCUGGCCGGCAGAGAGCUUAGAUUUCCUAAAGAGAAGAAGGACAUAUUGAUGCUCGCACACGCUCAAGUAUGCCCUCAGUGAUCGUUACGAAGUAACCGUGUGAUUCACUCGAAGAGAAGAGAUCUGAAACUGGUUUCUCGAAACCUGGUGUUAGGGGAUACAUAUAUGUUUUUUAAUGGCAUACGACGUCACUGUGAAAUGCUUUAUUGCUGUGUAACACUGAGGCAGAAAGUCCAUUCCGUCCUUUUUUAUAUAAAGUAUUUUUGGUGAUAAUAGAAUGUUAAUGAAAUUACGAACUUAAAUGUAUUUUUAAGAACACUUUAAGCGCGCGACUGCCGUCACGAACUACGACGAUGGAAAAGCUAGGACGAUUUAUUUCAAAUCAAAAUUAACAGUUAAUUGUAUAUAGAUACAUUUCGACGGUUUCACGCAGUCUUUCCUACAACUAUAACAUUAUAUAUGUUAGCGCAUAGCGAAAACGCUUGGUGAUAUACUGCUUGCCCGAAAACUAGUUAUCAAAGAGAUACGAAUGGCCUGUUAUGAGAACAUCAAUUCAUAUUGUUUAUCACAUAUGAAAUCAUCAUACUACGUUAUAUAUUUACAUGAUAUUUACAAAACGUGGGCACACUUGCUGUACUUAAAUACAGUUAUAUACAUGAUAUAAAUUGUUUUAAAAAUA